ACUUUAAUCUCUCUACACUCCAUAACAGUAGGUGGCGGUAUGCAGCUUUGAAGUUGUUUCUCAACCCGCCAUAAAACCUAAAGAAGAAGAAGCGAGACGGACGAGCAGGAAAAUAAACCCACACGCCCGCAUUGAUAACGAUGGAAGUAAAAGAGGAACCUCAGGAACUUGAAGUAGAUGAGAUAAAACAGGAACCUUGUGAUGUCAUCACUGAAGAAAAAUCUUCUGAUUGUUUAGAAACAUCCACUAAGAAAAGAAAAACCCAAUUUUUUUUUACAUGUACAGGUGAUCUUAAUAGACAUUUGAGAAUUUACUCUGAAGAGACAUUGUACAAAUGCACUCAGUGUGGAAUGAGUUUUACACAUUUAAGUCACUUUGAGGCACAUUUGAUAACUCACACUGGAGAAAAGCCCUUCAUCUGUCUUCUGUGUGGAAAGAGUUUUACACAAAAAGGGACCCUUAAGAUGCAUGAACGUAUUCACACUGGAGAGAAACCCUACAUAUGUGCUCAUUGUGGAAAGGGUUUUACACAGAAAGGAUCCCUUAAAGUUCAUGAACUAAUUCACACUGGAGAGAAGCCGUACACCUGUCCUCAAUGUGAAAAGAGUUUCACAAUGAGAAGACAUCUUAAGGAUCAUAUAGCAUUACACACAGGGGUGAAACCUUACACCUGUCCUCAUUGUGGAAAGAGUUUUACACAGAAAGCUCAUCUUAAGAGUCACAUAACAAUUCACACUGGCAAAAGACCUUUCACUUGUCCUCAGUGUGGAAAGGGUUUCAUACAAAAAGGAUUCCUGGAAGAUCACUUGAGAAUUCAUACAGGAGAGAAACCUUUCACUUGUACUCUGUGUGAAAAGAGUUUCACACACGCAUUCAGUCUCCGAGUCCAUGAGCGCACUCAUAAUGAAGAAAAAUUAUUUAACUGUAAUGACUGUGGAAAAGCAUUUGUUUCUGCAUUGAUCCUAAAAAGACACUUGAAAAUUCAUAUCAGUGAAAAGCCCUACACGUGUUCUGUUUGUGGAAGGAGAUUUACACUGAUUGAAUAUUUGAGAAAACACCAGAAAAUGCAUACUGAUGAGAAAACUCAUGUGUGCUCUGAGUGUGAGAAAACUUUUUUGACAUCCGAAGCCUUGGAAAAGCACCAAAGAGUUCAUACUGGAGAGAAACCAUACUCGUGUUCACAUUGUGGUAAGAAGUUCUCCUAUGCAGGUAACUGGAAAACUCACGAGAGAAUCCAUUCCGGAGAGAAGCCGUAUCACUGCCCUCAAUGUGGAAAGAGUUUCACCUCAUCAAUGGGUUUAACGAAUCAUACAAAAUCAUGUUGCUGAAAGUAGUCACCAAACUUAACUAAACAGCAGUGCUACAAACUGAUUUUUGUGGACAUUUCUCUUUCAUUCUCAAUGAAGCUCAGGUGAGCAAAAAAUAAAAUUCAUUCUUACUUUACUCGCUCUCAAUCCCACAUGAAUAUGACUUUAUUUUCUGCAAAAGAAAAGCUAAAUAUUUUGACAAUGUGCCAUUCUUACAGAUUAUUGAGGAAUGUUUGUAAUCAAAAUAGUUCAUCAGCCCAAUUUACUUUCAUAGUGUUUUUUUCCUACUAUGGAAGUGAAUGGGUCUCGUGAUUGGUUUGGUUACAAACAUUCCAAUCUUUAAAACGUCUUCCUCAAUAACUUUGUCAAUGGUCUCACAAGUGAAUACUGUAUGUUAUUAAUUAAGAGUCUGAUUAAAUGAAAUCCGUGACUGUUUAUUAGUUAAAUAUUAAAUAAUUGUGUUUCUGUCAUUCAUAUUUUCAAUCUCAUUACUUAACUUCUCUUUUAUGUUUCAUGUAUCACUCUGUUGUCUCUUCUCAUGUCAGCCCACAUAUGAUUUAUUAUAAAUGACCUAAUAAAAUAAUUCAAAUCAA